GGGAGGGGAAGGGAGGGAGGCAGGCGGGGAGGCAGGGCGCAGCCACGCCGCGCCACGGGCGGCAGCCGCUCCGCAUCCCGCGGGCCGGGGCGCUCCGGCGGCGGCUCCUGGGCUGGUGCCGGCUGCCGCCCGCCGAGCCCAGCCCCCGCGGAGCCGGGAGGAUGCUGGAGAGCGGCUGCAAGGCGGUGAAGGAGGGCGUGCUGGAGAAGAGGAGCGACGGGCUGCUGCAGCUCUGGAAGAAGAAGCGCUGCAUCCUCACCGAGGAGGGGCUGCUCCUCGCGUCCCCCAAGCAGCAGCCCCAGCCGCAGCCGCAGCCCCAGCAGCCGGCCCAGCAGCAGCAGCAGCAGCCGCCGGGCGCCGAGCCGGCCGCCAAGAUCAAGGAGCUGCACUUCUCCAACAUGAAGACGGUGGACUGCGUGGAGCGGAAGGGCAAGUACGUCUACUUCACCGUGGUGAUGGCCGAGGGCAAGGAGAUCGACUUUCGGUGCGCGCAGGAGCAGGGCUGGAACGCGGCGAUCACGCUGCAGAUGGUGCAGUACAAGAACCGCCAGGCCAUCCUGGCCGUGCGCUCCACCCGCCAGAAGCAGCAGCACCUGGCGCAGCAGCCCCACGGCCCCCGCAUCCGCAGCGCCUCCAACUCCGCCUAGCGCCGGCCCCGACACCCCCCCGGGGGGGCUACGGCCGCCCCCCGAGCCGGGCACCCAGCGGACUCGGCCGGGAGCCCCCCGCCCGGCCGCCCCCUGCGCCCAGGAGCCCCUCCAGCCCCGGGUUUGGGGAGCUCGGGACGGAUCCUGCGGUGCCCCGGGGACUUCAGGCAGACGUGACGUACUGUAACUUUACCGUGUCUUAUUUAUUAGUUCGGUCGUUUGUUGGCUUCUUGUUUUCAAAGGCUUGUUUGCAGGACGUUUCGGAGCGCAGGCUGUGCCCAAAAGGCGAAGGAAAAAGCAGGGCGUGUGUUAGCGCCCUGCAGAAGCCCCGGGUAGCCCGGCCGCGUGCGAUGUGACAAAAAGUCCUUCGGUUUUACCCGAAAUAUGCUGUAUUACGCUAACGUGGAAAAUGUGAUGUCUGGCUCAGAAUUUGGCUGAAACCCAUGCUGCGCGUGAAAACUCUUCUCCCCAGUGAGAAGAGCGAUUACAAAUCGGGCUUUAAAUGAUUCUCUUUCAAAAUACACGCCUGGUGGAAGACGAUAAAAUUCUAUACACGCUUGGUUAUUCAAAAAAAAAGUAAUGCUGGGGGUUGUUCCGAGACUAAAACCCAUCUGUUUGACGUAUGAGCUGAGGGGAAUCCAACCCGAUUCCUCGGUGGUGCAGGAAUCACGGCUGGAUUCCGCGAUGGGUUUGAGGCUUCGGCUCCUUCAGGCCGGAGGGCAGGAGCUGAGAACCAAUUAUGAGCGUUUCUUAGCAUCCGAGUUCAAGGCUCUGUCUGCUUGUAAACGGUCUGGGCUCUCGACCUUAUUUUCAUGGCAGUUUUUAAAUGUCUCGCAUUAAAGUAGCCCCUAGUUUAAAAUUCAUCUCGCAUAUGUCUUAGUGUCCAAACGCAUUGUUCUGGUCACAGCCCCCCUAAGCCGAGAUAAACUAGAUUAAUUUUGGUGUUCAGCACUGUCAGAUGCUGAGAGAGGCAUGCGAUCUCGCCUCUAAAAAUGUUGAUGAAGCCGCCAAGUUGGAAAACAAAGGGCUAAUUGCACAGCUGGUGCGUCUUCCUGUGCCUCUCGCAAGCCGCCGGGAGUUCGGCCGUGGGCGCGAGUGAGCGCGGCUGGGAGCACCGGGGUGGGAUGGGCACACACCCUGCGGGUGCACAUCCCGUGGGAUGUGUGCGCAUCCAGGAUGCACACCCCAUGGGAUGUGUGCUUCCCAGGGUGCACACCCCAUGUGCAUCCCAGUGCUCACACCCUGUGUGCAUCCCCGGGGAGCACCCUCCAGGCAGCGCCCGCUUCGUGGUGCUCUCCGGCACGAGUUGUGCUCGUGAGCGGGGCAGACCAGCUCGGGGCCCCUCGUCUCUGGCUCAAGGUAAAAGGCUGCAGCCGCAGAGCUAUUUAUUUUAACUAACGCGGCGAGGAAAACCGCUUCUGGCCCCUUGACAAGUUACGUGAGCGUAAACAAAACCUUUCAAAGCUGCGCAUCCAGCACCCCAUUGUUUGUGUAACUGAGACAUAGUUUGACUGUAAAACCCCCACGAUCUUGGUUCAAGCUGUUUCUCUAAGUGUUUCAGGCAAAACUGAAGCGACACUCAAAAGGAGAAAUCAGAACUUGCUACUGCAUGCAAUGGUCCUUUCUGGUCUGCUCUGCACCUGAGCUUACUCCUAGCCCUGUAAGGAGUAACCGGAGAUCUCUUUUUGUCCUCUUCUUCCUUCCCCUGCCCCCAGGUGUCUGGGUCACACACACAGACACACAAAAUGUGGCAGAGUUAAAGCCCAGACCUCCCCCAUCCUCCGUGGUUACCCCCGAGCACUGCUCUCAGAUCUGGCCCUUGAAAAGGUUGUGCGACAAGCCUGGGGAGGUAGAUUACAGCUGUCCUAACAAAGUUAUUACUUGGAGACUAAUUGAAAUCGAAGGUGCCCUGCAUCUUCUAGGAUUAGAUUCGCUGUCUUGGCAAUCAUAAUAGCCAAUUUCCACAUCUCUGUACAUCUGCCAUUAUCAUUCUGCUAAUGCUUGGAUGUUAGAGCUGCAAGGGGAUUCUCUAAUGAGCUAGUCGGAGACUUACAAAAUAGGCUGUAAUUUGUAAUUUGGCUCCUCUCUUUAGAGUCGUUAAUUACAGUUUACUGAGUAACUAAUCCACCUUUUCAGAUAUACAGACAUAUCGCUGGUAUCUCACCUACUAAAAUAUGUUUCAGCCUAAUGAAGAAUAAAUGUACUUGAUGAAAAACUGUUCCUACGUGAUUGGAGACGUGCAUAUUUCUCUGGUGGAGGCAGGUAUUCCUGUCCCAGGCAGGCACAAGCCCACUGAAUGCUACUGAAGUCUACGGAUCUGGUGUAAAGCUGAAAUGUUACUGCUCUUCUGGGAGUAUUUGUACUCUGAAAACAAAAGAUGAGGGUUUUAGUGAUAUAAUUGACGUAAAAGGUUGAAGAAGCAAAGGAAAUUCAAAAUGAAAGCUGUUUAUUCACUGAUUCAAGGUCAAUGCUGUGUUCCACCUCAGAUUUCUUGUUUUAAGUUGGUUUGAAGGAUGCUCUCAAAACCCUUUGGACUGAUCUAGUUUGCUGACAAACUUUUGCCUGCUGUCAUUGCCCACCGUGUUACCUUGUAGAAAUGCUGGUGUCAGACGGUCACGCCACAACAUCCACCUCGAGCUGUUUCUGUGCCUCAGCCUGGCUGACAGGUCACGGGUGGGAUGGGCACGGGCACUCAACGUGCUGGAAACCAAAGGGAAAUGAAGGGGCUGGGGUUCCCCGGGGACAGUUGUGCUUGCUGCUCAUGCCGUGUCAGUAUAAAGAAGGCUAAGGUGUCUGACGUGGUCAGUCUGGUAACUUUCUCACCCUCUAAAUUCCCUGUGUCCUUAACUUGAUAGCAAUUUUUGACCAUAGUCCUCACUGGAGCUGCUUGGUUAAAUACUGUCUGUCACUGCCUCGUAAGAAAUGGCUGUGAAAGUAAGUCCAGCAGAUAGAUUAUGCUCCGUCCUAGUGGAACUGCAAGAAAAGGAAUAAUAGUGUCUUCCCCUCACCAAAACAAACAAAAACCCCACAACCAACCAAACUAGAAACAAAGCAACCCCCCCCCCCCAAAAAAAAAAAAAAAUCACAAAAAACAGUAUAUGGUUGAAAUAAAUUUAUCAAGAAUAAACAACAAUGCCAGUAAAACACAAACAGGAAAAUGCUUGGUAUAGGUAACAAAAUUGUAGACAGUCAAAGAGGAGGUCAAAAUUUUACAUCUUGAUUAAAAAUAAAGAAAGAAAAGUGAAGAGUGGCUGAGGGGCAGGAUGCAGCCAGAAAAUUCAAGCUGUGGUGACCAUUUUGUACCAAGAAAAUUUAGAAAUUGGGGGGAAAAGGAAAGAUCGAGUGGAUGUUGUUUUUGUGACAUCAUGAAGUAUUUCCUCUCUGUUACUGUUCAUGAUAUGCAAAUGCCAGCUUUGGAAUUAUAGCUGCAGUGAUGUACCAAAUGUUUUCUAGCAUAUCCUAUUGUGAGCAGAAAUAUCAGUGUCGUCAAAAAGAUUGUGUGUAAAUAUGACUCAUAAAUGAUUUCCGAGAGAUGUGAUUUAUUUUUCAUAUUUUUCAAGAUGCAUUCCAUUUCAAAUAAAGAGGUAUCUAUUGAAAGA